AUGAUCUUCGUCGGGUACUGUAAAAAUUCAAAGGGCUAUAGACUCAUUGAUCCUCAAAACCCUAAGAAAGUGACCACAUCCAGAGAUGUUAUUUUUUUGGAAACAUCUCUUGGUGCAGCUCAACCAGAAGUAAACGGCAACGCUCACUCUCCUGACCUGAUUUCACCAAUUUCUGAUGAAGACACCUCAUCAAGUGAAAAUGAUUCGCAGUUUUCUUCCAAUUCCAAACUGGAUGACUCAUCAUCAAGUGACAGUGAAUCAAGUGCCUCAUCGUUAAGUGAAGAAGUCUCUUCUGAAGACAACUACAGUGAAUCCAGCUCUGUUUCAUUGACCUCAACCACACUUGAAGGACAAGACCAAGAAGUCUCUGAGCGACGAUUUCCUACCAGAAUUCGAGAAAUCCCCAAACGGCUGGCGGAUUAUGUACUUAACCUUGCAAGCACCAGUUCUGUGUGUAGAUGA